AUGCCAUCACGUUUGAACGAAGUGCAAUCUCAGGUUAGCGACUCUGAUGACGAGGAAAUCGAUGGAUACAAGGAGUCGAAGACGCAAAAAUAUUUAAUAUCAAUGAUCAUCUCGUAUGCUGUGUGUUUGUGUCCACUGAUGAUUUUGAGAUUGGCGAAACUUGAAGUAUCUGAAACUUACGAGAACAGCAGACACUUUGAUUUGACGUUCAUGAUAUGCGUUUGGCUGGCGUUUGUGCCGACGGUAACCACUCCGCUGUUGUUUGUCGCAUGGAAUUCGGACAGUAGUACCAAGGACCGGAUCAGGAGUUAUUUCAAAAGGACAAAAGUCACAGCGGAACAAGCGACCAGGACCGUGUCGACGGAGGGUCUCGCGGCCCGCAAUUCGAUUUACACGGUGCAGGAGAGCAUCCCGGCUUAA